GAUAUUUAGUUAGACAAGUAUUGGUAAAAUUGCUAGCAAUACAGUUUUCUCGACAACAUCUAUCACCUAUUGAGAUGCCCGUAUAACAGUACCUUCACUUGGAAAUUCCAAGUUGGAAUCAAUUAUUGUUAUGAAAUAUACAAUUACAAUACAGGUCGGUUUGGUAACUAUUUCAAAGCUAUAUAUAUUUUUUAUUAAUAAAUAUAGCCAGGGGAGAUCACAAAUUAGGUAACAUAUAUAGUGUCAUUAUAUAGCCAUCAUAUGUGGUGUAAAGAGAAAUGGAACAAUCAACUCGGCAGACAGAUCGAAAUCCAGUGGUAAAUAAUGCAAAUUAUCAAUUCUCAGCUGACGAAAUAAGAGUAUUGCGCGAAUGUAAUUCUGAAUCUUUCCUUCAACGUUCUCUGCCUUUAGGAACUGCGUUGGGGCUUGGCGCAUAUUUGGCGGUGAAGAAUGGUUAUUUACAACCAAAUUUUAAGUAUGGCGCGGUGCCGAAAGUAGUCGUGGGUGUGAUAGUAGGAUAUUUCAUUGGAAAAUUUAGUUACCAGCAAAAGUGCGCGGAAAAGCUAAUGAGAUUACCUAAUUCAAAACUCGGAGAAUUGUUAAGCCAACGUCAACGUGAUGGAAGCGUUAUUAGUAGGCUUAAUCCAGACCAAGGUAUCGGAAUUGGACUAACCUUGUCACCAUUUAAUUCAACUGGAAUAAGUGAUGAACGAAUCCAAGAAUUCCCUCGUUCUAGUGCUCUCAAUUUAGAUUUGGAAAACCGUCCUUCAAUUACUGGCCUUGACGACAUUUAUCGCCCCUCAUUGGAUAAUACACCUUUCUACGAAACGGAAUUUCCUACCGAAGCUAAGCAAGGCACAAGUUAUGAAGAGUUACGAAAAAAAAAUCGAGAAGAAUAUGAGAAAAAGCAGCAAAACACAUUUUCUCGACCACUGCCCGCAAAUGCUUCAGUAGUUAUUCGGGGAAAUGAAUCCAUUAAAACGACUUUUGGAGCCGAUUCUAAUAUAACAUCAAAAAGUGGUCACAAAAAUAAAUAUGGAGACACAUGGACGGAUUAGUUAUAUUUGUCUGCUAAAAAAUUAUAGUUCUUUAUUAAAGUGCUAAUGCUGAUAUAUUGUAUAUAUACUGUAUAACUGUUAAA